UGAACACUUGAGAGUAAAAAGAAUACUGAAUUCUCGGGAUUUGUCUGCCAUUUUGUAUGUAUUUGAAACAACAAACAACACCAUCCUAUUUAAUACAAAAUACUAACCAAGUAACCAUUAAUGUAACGCUAAAGAAUAUAUCAAAACGACUAAUUUACAAUGGAGUCAUCAGCGUUACAGGGCGCAGAGAAUGUUUCCGUGAAGGCUGAGCCCUGUGAAGAUGUAUGUAUAAAAGAUGAGCCCACGUUCGAGACAGUUCUUGUAAAAGUUGAGCCGGACCUCUAUGUGAAUGUACAAGACGAGCCCAGCUGCGAAGAUGUCACAAAAGUCGAGCCUUCGUACACAUAUGUGUCUGUUAAAAUCGAGCCACUCGACGUUAGCGCCGACCAGUCCGACCACGCCGUGAAGGAUGAGCCCGUGCUUGGCCACAAGCUAGAGGAGCCUGAGGAGCACCACGCACGAACAGGGCAAACUCCACAGAAAAAACCGAGCAGCAACACCGAAACUUACAAGCAGUUGAGCAAAGAUACUAAGGAAAAGCCAUACAAAUGUGGCAAGUGUAGCUAUGCUUGCACCUUAAAAAAAUAUUUGCAACGUCAUCUGUUGACACACACUGGAGAGAAGCCUUACAAAUGCGCCCAGUGUAGUUACGCCAGCGCCCGCCAAGAUCAUUUGAAAUAUCAUGAAAAGAUACAUAAUAUUGAAAAACCUUACAAGUGUGAGCAGUGUGAUUAUGCUACCAACAAAAAAUUAAAUUUGCAACUUCAUGUCAUGAAACACACUGGUGAAAGUCCUUACAAAUGCGAGCAGUGUAAUUAUGCUAGUACCCAAAAAGCUAACUUGCAAAGUCAUUUAAAGAAACACACUGGAGAGAAGCCCUACAAAUGCGGUCAAUGUGAUUAUGCUAGCGCAUACAAAAGUUCUUUGCAAACUCAUUUACGUAAACAUGAUAACGAGAAAGCUUACAAAUGUGAUCAGUGUAGUUUCGCCAGUAAUUGCAAAAAUAGUCUUAUGAUCCAUUCAAGAAAACACACUGGAGAGAAACUGUUCAAAUGUGAAUACUGUAGUUAUGCUACCCCCCGUAAAUGUCAUAUGCAAAUUCAUGUAAGGAAACACACAGGUGAAGCACCUUACAAAUGUACUCAGUGUAGUUAUGCCACUGCGCAUAAACCUGCUUUACGAUCUCAUGUAAGACAACACAAUAGUGAAAAGCCAUACAAAUGUAACCAGUGCAGUUAUGCUAGCAACCAAAAAUAUCUUUUGGAAGUUCAUGUUACGAAACACACUGGUGAAAAGCCGUAUAAAUGCCACCUUUGUAAUUAUGCUUGCAGCAAACCAGGUAUUUUGAACGUCCAUAUAAGGAAACAUACUGCUGAAAAGUCUUACAAAUGCGGCCAGUGUAGUUAUUCUACUGCCUACAGAUAUAAUUUGCAAGCACAUGUAAUUAAGCACACUAAUGAGAAACCUUACAAGUGCGAUCAGUGUGAGUAUGCGGGCAGCACAGAAAGAAGUUUGACAGUUCAUUUAAAGAAACACACAGGAGAGAAGCUUUUCAAAUGCGAUCAGUGUAGUUUUGCUAGUAAUUACAAAAAAAGUAUAAAAAUCCAUAAUAAAAACAACCAUGCUAGUUAG